AUGGCCAUAGACACUGACAGCAACUCGGCCACGACGCUUCUUGACGCGGCGCCGAUGUUCCAGAUCGCGGACCACGCCUUCUGCUGGUACUUCUUCUUUGAGUGGUACGUUCGCUUCAGCUCGUUCGCGGGGAAAAGAAAUUGCCUGAGGGACGCGUGGUUCGUCUUCGACUCCUGCCUGGUAUCGCGUCCGCGCAGCCGCGCACACACCCGCCGCCUCGUGUCGGAGCAACUGCUGCCGACGCGUGCUGGGAUCGGAAGCCUCGAUCUCAUUUCUGUUUUGAACUUCGAUCCUCUGUCUCCAAUCCUUGAGGACUGGAGGCAGCAGCGGGCCCGGCACACACACGCUGAGGUCGCGCCGGCCCCUGGCGUUGGCGGAUCCAUGAUGGUGGCCGAGACCUGGGUGAUGACGGUGGUGCUGCUGUGCCUCGACACAGGGGGCGGCGGCGGCAUGGGCGGUCUCUCCAUCCUCAGGCUGUUCCGGCUUCUGCGGCUCUCCCGCUUGGCGCGGAUGCUGCGGUCCAUGCCUGAGCUCAUGAUCUUGAUCAAGGGGGUGGUAGCUUCAUCCCGUUCCGUCUUCUGCACGAUGGGCCUACUGGCCAUUCUGCUGUACGUGUUCGCGAUAGCGAUGCGCCAGCUCACGGACGGUACCGACGUCGGCGAGCUUCAUUUCUACAGUGUUCCCAGUUCUAUGUACAGGCUAUUAAUUGAGGGUGUUUUUCUGGACAACCUGAGCUCCACUGUGAAGGUGAUGUCGGACAGUAGCCCAGUUUUCACGAUAGUGUUUCUUGUCUUCGUGUGCAUAGCUGCCCUCAUGGUGAUGAACAUGCUUAUUGGUGUACUGUGUGAAGUCGUGAGUGAUGUUGCCAAAAGGGAGAAAGAGGAUAUGGGUGUCCACGCUCUCAAGAUGAAGCUCGCUGCAGUGAUGGCCCGGCUGGACAGAGACGGGACCGGCACCCUCUCGGAGGACGAGUUCGUGCAGAUCAUGGGCGAUGCGACCAUCGUUCAGCUCCUAGACGAGGUUGGCGUGGACCCUAUCGGUCUCAUCGACAUGGCGUCAACCAUUUUCCUUCGAGAUGAUUGCGACGACGAGGAUCUUCCCCCCCCCUUAUCAGGGUUCGGCAUGCAGGUUUCAUGUUGUUUGCUGGAGGGCUUGGCUGCGUCUUCCAUUGUGCCCCAGAAUUUCCGCUCAGGGGCUGCAUACGGGGAAGGAAGGCCGCUGCUGCAUGCGACAGGGGCCUAG